AUGAAGACAGCAUACAUCAUGACGUGCUUUGCGCUCAUCUGUGGCGCGACAGCCAAGCCGACUGCAUAUGCAUCUGGACACGUAGAGCGAGGCAAUGGCGGCCCCAAAGAAUGCUUUGAGCACUGCGCUCCAUCCCUCGGCUUCGGCGCAGGCUUUGGCGCUGCCGUCUCUGCCAAUGUAGCAGCAGGCGCAAUCGUCAGUCCACUUGGCACCGGCGUCGGAGCCGGUGCCCAUCACUACAUUCCACAAUUGCUACACGAGCUGCAAUGGCACGCCGGUAGCGUCGCAUGGUCGUCAUCGAGCUCGAGCCAUCAAGAAAGCCCAGCGAGACCCUUGCAUUGCGCCGCACGCUCGACAUCAGCCGAAGCGAUCUUCCUAGAGCGAGCAGCAUUUUUGGACUCGCGAGCGUUGUAA